UGUUUCAGGCUUCGCUGCCGGGAAAUACGCGGAAAAGUUCGUGCAACCGAAACCUGUCAUGAAAAAAUUUCUAACGAGCUCGAGACUAAGAUGACGAUGAAGACGACAAAAAUACUGUUGCUGUUAUUGAGUGCAGCGACGUAUACAUCAGGGGCAAGUGUCAAUAGAUCGACAAAGAAGCAGUCGGAUCUACCGGCUUGGAUUGAUUGCACAAGUAACAGCCAUUGCGCACCUGGGUACUGUUGCACGAUAGCGUACGAGAGAUACAGCUAUCCUCACUGUCAGCAGUUGCAAGAAGAGGGUGACUUUUGCCGACCUAACGGUCCCUUGUUGACGAACGGCACGCGAUCCUAUCCUGACGAGCUACAAAUAGAAUUGAGCGACGUAUAUCUGAUGUUUUGCCCUUGCGCUUCGGGAUUGGCGUGUGAUCCUGUCAGUGCUGAAUGCCGCGACGAGAGAGAUCUUAAUCUACUGGAGGACAACAAGGAUUAGUGAUAAGAGUAUGAUGAUUUUUUUUGCUCUUCCUAAUACAAUUUUUCUAAUUUAAUAAAGGAUUUGAUAUAAUCUUCUUAUAAAAUCUCGUUAUUCUCACGACCCUUUUAAUAUCUGACAUUUUGAAUGACUAUUAUGCAUAACUAGUUUUCAUCUUCGAUAAUCUUAUCUUCUAGUAUGCAAAUGUUAUGAGUAAUUCUCAUUGUCCGCCGUUAUUUCAGACAAUGUUAUCGUGACCUCUUUCGACUUGUCACAAUGGCUUGUGUAAUUUUUUUAAUGACACACGCUUGCAGAUAUACUUUCUUAUUCAUUGCUUUUCUAUAUAAACGUAAUGAAAUUUUCUUUUUAGGCAAUAGUCAUUUUUCAACAUUUUUUAAGUUACCAUAAUUCUCGCCUUACAAUACUCGAUUCAUUUCGAGGCUUGAUUAACAAAUUAAUUUUCGAAUUCGAAUAAUUACCACAAACAUUUGCGUAGAUUAUACUGUUAGUGAAUGCAAUUUCAAACGUUUUACGAUUUUUAAUUUGGAUUUCAAUGAAUUCGUACAUUCUAAAUUCGAUUCAAACCAAAUUCAGAAGAGUUUAUCUUUGUCUCUU